UUAAGAUGCGUGCUCUGCUGAGGAAAUGGGAGUUGGAAGCAGCUCUGCUCCAGUGCUUUCCCUAACCCCGCCACUGCCCCUGUGCUGAUUCAUUGAUUUGGACGGGUUAUAUACUGGGAGGGGAAGAAUGAACCACACUCUGCUCUCUCGCCAGCACGGAGCUGUGCUCGCUCGGCGCUCGUGGCUGCAGGACACUCGGGCCAAAUGGAGCAGGGAGGCUGGCAGCGGUGGCUGCUGCUGCUUGUGGGCAUCCAGCUGGCCAGUAGCCAGUGCCCAGAGCAGUGCAAGUGCGUCCGUAGCGCCCAGGUGGAGUGCUCUGGCGCCAACAUCACCGCGGUCCCCAGCCCCAUCCCUGCCAACGCCAUGACCCUGCAGAUCAUCAACACGCGCAUCGCCGAGCUGGGCGCCGCCGCCUUCGGCAACGCCUCCCUGCUGAUCGGGCUGCGCGUGGAGAAGAACGCCCUGUCACGCAUCAGCCCCGCGGCCUUCCAGAACCUGCCCGACCUGCGCUACCUCAGCCUGGCCAGCAACAAGCUGCAGGAGCUCCCUGUGCAGGUCUUUGAGCCUCUGGACAAGCUGGAGUCUCUGCUCCUCUCCAGCAACCAGAUCCUCCAGGUUGAGCCUUCCCACUUCGCCCAUCUGAGCAACCUCAAGGAGCUGCAGCUGCACGGGAACGACCUGAAGGAGCUGCAGGAGGGGGUGUUUGACCAGCUGACCAGCCUCACCAAGCUCAACCUGGCCAGGAACAACAUCGACCGCCUGCCGCCCCGUGCCUUCGAGCGGCUGGCGCGGCUGCAGGUGCUGCGGCUCUACGAGAACCGGCUCCGGCACAUCCCGGCGGGCGCCUUUGAUGGGCUGCCGGAGCUGCAGGAGCUGGGGCUGCACCAGAACCAGCUGGAGACGCUGUCCCCGGAGCUCUUUGUGCACAACACCAACCUGCAGAAGCUCUACCUGUCCAACAACCUCCUCACCACUCUGCCGAGCGGCGUCUUCGUGCCCCUGCACGCUCUCGCCAAGAUCACCCUGCACGUCAACCGCCUGCGGGACAUCUCCCCCGGCGCCUUUGGGCCCAUGCCCAACCUGCAGGAGCUCUGGCUUUACGACAACGAGCUUUCCACCCUCCCCACUGCCGUCUUCAGCAACCUCACCCAGCUGCAGCUCCUGGUUCUCAGCAAGAACCGGCUGCGGUCUGUGGCACCGGGGGCGUUCCAGGGCUUGGGGGAGCUGCUGGAGCUGUCGCUGCACUCCAACGCCCUGCGCCGCCUGGAUGCCCGGGCGCUGGAGGGGCUGCCCAAGCUGCAGAACAUCUCUCUGCACCACAACCAGCUGCAGGCGCUGCCACGGGGCCUCUUUGGAGGCACCCCCGGGCUGCGGCACCUGCAGCUGCACUCCAACGCCCUGGAGUACCUGCCUGCCGGCAUCUUCUCCCCGCUGACUGCCCUGCGAGAGGUGAGGCUGCACAACAACUCCUGGCGCUGUGACAAGGGCAUCCUGCCCCUGCAGGGCUGGCUGGAGGAGAACCCUCACAAGGUGGGUGAGAUACCCCCGCUGUGUGCCCAGCCUCCCGCCCUGCAGGGCGUCCCCAUCGCCGGGCUGCCAAAGGACCAGUUCCUCAACCCCCAGCCCCCCACUGCUGCUCCCCAUCCCAGCACCCUGCUCCCUGCUGACACCUCUGAGGCAGCGUCACCGGAAGAUGCCUCAAUGGAGCCCCCCACGGGGCUGCCAGCCUCCCCAAGGGAGGAGGAAGAGGAGAAGAAGGAGGAGGAGGAGAGGGGGCAGUGGGGGCUGACACGCCUGCAGAGUGGGGUGGUGAUAGCAGUCAUCGUGCUGGUGUGUGUGGCCCUGCUGGCUGCUCUGGUGGCACUGGUGGUCUAUGGCUGCAGGAAGAAGAGCCAUGUUGAGCUCAUGAGGAUGAAGGCUCCGAAUGAAGCCUGAGUAUCUGGCAGACCCUGAGGGCAGAGGUGCUUGUGGGGUCAAAGGACAUGACAGUGGCUCUGCAUCAGCUGCCCUUGCUGACUGGGAUGGGACAACAUCACCGUGUGUGCUGUGUGUACCAUUGUCCUGCUCUGCUUUGCCCUGCCCCUGCUCUGCAGCAGAGCCUCCCCACCGAGUCACCUCCCAUGGCUGCCCACUAUCCCCAGCCCUUCCUGCCUCCAGUGCAGCCUCUGUGCUCCUUCCCUGCCCUGUCCAGCAGCUGAGGUGUGGGAUGCAGAAAGGGACCCCUCGAGCCAGCAGCCAUGGCCUGGCCAUGAUGGUGCUUUACCCCAAAUAAAGGAAUCCCCCAUCCUUCACCUUGCAUCGUUCCCUGCAGUGCUGCUGCCCUCGUGCUGCCUGCUGCCCUCACCACCUUCCCCACCUCCUGCCCCACCGUGCCUCCCCCUGCCCCUGCCUGGGCAGGCAGUGUGAGCUGGGCCAGGAGCCGAGCGAGCACCUUCGCCCCAGGAGAGCUGCAUGUCCUCAGCUGCUCCAUCCCUCACCAGUGCCUGGGCAGGGCUCCCUGCAGGGCUGGGUUGUGCCAGGCUGGCACACCCUGAGUGUCUCAGCUGCGUCCCAGUUGCCCUCCCUGCCUGCAGGCAGGGCAGGCCAGAGCACAGCCAGCACUGUCUCCUGCUCCCGGCAUCUGCCUGCUUCCCUCCCGCCAGCAGAGCCACGGGACAGUGUGCUGGCAUUGGGGAUGGGCAGGGGCAGCCCCCCACCCUCUCUGUAUGCUGGUGCUGACCCUGCUGGUGCUGUGCCCCUGCCUCAGCCCCGCAGGGUGCCAGGGGCUUGCACUGGCCCCACUGUGAGGGUAGAGAAAUGGGACACUCAUUUCCUUAACACCCUCCACCAGCUAGCGAGCACCCUGGUCCUGCACUGCUUGACAAAGCUUCUUCAUCCUCUUCUUACUCCCUUGAGUGCCCUCCUGUGUGUGCCCGGUGCCCCUGCCUGGUGGCAGCCCUUGCCUGGGGGGAUGCUGGCAGCACAGAGUGCAGGGGUCAGAGAGUGCUGGCUGCUCUGCAGUUUGCAGAUGGGAGCCACGCCAUUCCCCCACAGCACCUGUAUCCAGCUCCUUCUCCAGCUGCAGCGUGACCAUGGGGGGUUCAGCUCACCUCCAUGUGUGCUGCAGCGGCACCAGGCUGCCCGAGGACUGCUGCUGUGGGACAAGGUGUGUGUUUGGUGUCCAAACUGCUGGCUGCUCACAGCACCUCAGUGGCCAGUGCUGGCACAAGCAGCUGCAGGCUGGUGCACAUGAUGGGCCACUCCUCUGGGCCGAGUCCUGCAUUGUAACAGGAGACACAGGACUGUCACGGGGCUGUUGGGUGCUGAUGUGUGACCUCCUCAUUAAAGUGCCA